GGAAACCGGAUGCUGCCGCCUCCACCUCCACCGCCACCCCCCCGAAGACCACUCCACCCUGCACCGAGUGCGGCAAGCGCUUCUCCUCGUGGAAGGCUCUCUUUGGCCACAUGCGCUGCCACCCGGAGCGCCAGUGGCGUGGCAUCAACCCCCCACCCCACUUCCGCCGCCUGUCAUCUCCUGCGGCGGCCCACUUCUCCGACGAGGAGUACCAAGUAGCCACCAGCCUCAUCAUGCUAGCCAACGGCCCCCCGAGGGAUGAGCACGGCAUCGGUGUGGCUGUUGAUGGCAAGUUGGUGUUUGGGUGGCCGCAGCGCAGAGCCAGGCUGACGAAUCCGAGGAGCGAAGGAGUGGACGGAGCGGUCCAUUGCGAGGUUGGUGGAAAGAAAGCGUGGGUGGACGGCGAGGCAUUAGGAUCUGCUCACAAUUGCAAUCUCUGCUAUAAGGGUUUCUCCAGUGGGCAGGCUCUCGGGGGGCACAAGAGGUGCCACUGGGAGAGGGGAGAGCACCAAGUGGGGAGUUCUUCUUCAUCGGCCAAGAACUAUGUUUUGGACCUCAACCUGCCUCCACCGACGGAGAGCAACGAGAGCAGUCCAAGACCUGCUGUGGAUUUAAGGCUGGGGAUUUGAGGGGAUUAGAUUUGUGGCAAUGCAAUACGUAGGUAUAUGUUAUAUACUUUUCCGUCAUUUAAAUUUGAACCUGAUUUGUACUUGAACAUCCGUGUUCUACAAAGUGGAACGUGGAUGGAGAAUGUUCAACGUUGUGUUCUGAUUAUUUUCCUUAAUCAAUCCAAAUAAC